AUGAUCGGUGGGGCCUUUGCAUUGAAACGUAAACGUAAACGUGAAUCCUUAUUGUUAGCUGGAAAUAAAACUAAUCAAGAUCAAAAUGUUAACAAUUUUCACCCUGGAAUAUUAUCAUUUGGAUCAGCAAUUAGUGAACAGCAAAAUCAACAGCAAUCUGGAAUCAUUUACUAUGAUAAUCGAGGUGUUGAUUCAGCUAAAUAUCGGGAGAUGAAAAAAUUAAAUCAACAAUCAACUGGAUUAACAGUAAUUGCGAUUUUUAUAAUUGGUAUUGGAUUAAUUAUCCUCUUAAUUAGUGCAAUCCUUUCAGGAUCAGUGACAACACCAAUCACUACCCUUGGAUUAAUUUUCACAUCAAUUGGUCUGUUAAUUGUUACAAUUAAAUGUCUAACCUCUUAUUUUAUUGAUAAAUCUAAUCGUUUCUUUCAUCAACAUGAUAAUUUAAUUAAAUCAACUGAAGAAUCAACAAUUUGUAAAUCAACAUCAUCACCAUCUUGGAUUAACCUUCCUAAUCCAGUUAAUCUGCAAUUUAAUUCAGCUGAUAUUGGACAAUCAGAUGAAAAGUUAAAUAAACCAGUUACAACAAUUAUCCUUGAUCCAAGUAGAUUGUCAUCUAAAUCAAUUGAUCAACUUAAUUAUAUUAAUUCACAAUCAAAUCAAUCCAAUUACAAUGAGCAGAAACCUUUACUAAUUAAUCAACAAUUAAUUACUUCAUUGGCUUCUUCAGUUGAUUCAAAUUACGAUGAUCAAAACAAUCAUGAUCAAUAG